AUGGUGAUCGUCAAGCAGGCUGUGGCGCUCACUCGCCUCCUCGGCGAGCAGGCAACGACGCUCCUCCAGCUCCUCUGCCAUCGACACAGCCGCGGCAUGAAACAUCUCCGCUUGGUUCCGCCGCAAGCUCGCAAGAUUCUCUUCCGACUGCAGCAGCCUUGCUUCAGUUGCUGCGAGCUUCUUAUGCAUUUGUUUCCCACUCGCUUGGAGCCGCUGUGCCUCUUUCUUUUGCUUCUCCCACUUAUUAUUCAGUUCUUCUCGCUCAAGGAACUGUUUCUCCAGCUGUUGCUGAAACUGCUCCCCGUAUUCUUCCAACUUUGUUGUGUGUUUUCUCUCGAUGCGCAGUUGCUCCUUCAUCUCCUUUAG